UGCGUUGAUAGUGAAUUAAAUUGAAUUAAAAUAUCUGUUUCAACUUCAGGACUCAAUAAUUGAAUGUGAUUUCUUGCUGCGUGAAUACUGGAACAAUUUGAAAUACAUAUUUUUCAAACUAGUCCAGUCGAUUGUGGAUCUUUGGAUGCUUAUAAUUGCGACGACGACGUAGACUUUGGUGAAAAGAUGUCUAGCGACAGUUCUUCCAGCGACCGUGGACACGACGAUAGUUUUUGGGAAUAUGAAUAUAGCAGACCUGAAGCAGCUGAUCGCAACCCGACUACUGCACCUAGAUUGGAAAAAAUGGCAUCUGUUAGCGCAGCGAUCGCUCUAUGGAAUCACGCCAUUGUCACGAGACCAGAUUUAAUUGAAUAUGACUGGUAUUCGCGAUUGAAUAGAGAACUAAGUAAAUGGAUAGAUGUACUACAUGUGCCCAAAUCGUUGGCUGAAUCUAUCGAGCGUAAUUUCUAUACUCUGCGUUAUAAUAUACAAAGCGGAUGGAUCCCAUACAUCUAUCGAGCAGUAUUUCUCAAGCGUGUCGAAGCAUAUCAGCUUUAUCAGCACAUCGAUCACAUCAUUUGGCAUCCCAAUGGAACAAUAAAUUCCGCAGAAACGGCUCAGAAUUUAUUGAAAUCUAACAAAUUAUCCAUUUCGGAUAAGUUUCGUUUUGCUAGUACGUAUUGCCUGCGAGAAGAAAUCGAAAAAUUGUGGCCCAUGGUGCAGUAUGAUGAUGACCUCGUUGAUGAAUCCUGGUUCUCCGAGUAUCCUUUAAUCUAUUAUUGGAGAUGUUACUGUAUCGAUAAGUUGAAUAUUAUCCGAACACCGGAAAAUAUGUCCAUCGACGAGUUCAUGAUUCAGCAACGUUUUGUUAAUAACUGGCCAGCCAUCGAGUACUUUUUUGACCGUUUGGAUGUCGAACAACAAGUAACACAAGCCAUUUGGUUGAUCGAUAAUCACGGAUUAGAUUUUCAGAAAUUCUUAUUGGCGAAGCUUAACGAAUCUCAACGGCUGCGUGUGAUCAUGAAUAGAGGUGUCGAAAUCAUAGAUAAUUACACCUCUUACGGAAGUAUAGAUGAUUACAAGAAUGAUUUAACAAUUUCAACGUGGUAUGAAUUUCGUGAUUACGUCACCGAACAGCAAUUCCUUGAUUUAUUCGGGGUGCUGCUGAACAACCCUGCCGAAGAGUUCGUUUUGAUUGAAAUUUGGAAAACUUCUCGCGACGAUUUAAAGCAUUAUCUAUUGAGCUACGACAAUGAUGAUUUCAUUAUCGGAAUACUGCAAUUGUGCGAAUGGAGGCCUAAGCAGAGUCCGGAUUUUUUUUCAACCGUAUUAAUGGACCAUGUUAGUGUAGGGAUUAGACGAGAAAUAACGAAGAAGGUAUUUUUCAACACGUGCUGCAAAAGAUGUAUUCUUAAAAAUUCUUCAGAAUUACUCGACCAUUUGUUGAAUUUAUGCUUUACCGAUGUAGAAGAAUUAGCAAAAUUCAAACUAUCGCUCACCAAAAGCUGGUAUUUCAGUCCGCAUUGCAAAUCAUUGAUAGUCAAACAUAAAAUUCAAGAGUUGGCGAACCUGUUGAAUGUGGUCUUCACAAAAACAGAUCCUUCAUCGUUACAAUUGGUGCGUAAAUUGUUGGGCAAGCAUUUAGGAAACCUCGAUCAGAAAUGCUUGACGGAUUAUUCGGCUGGAAAUUUAAAGCAAGUGACUGAUUUACUGGCUCCGCUAGCGUCCUCGUAUCCGGAAAUCAUUACCGACUACAAAAGUAAACUGCUCAAGUCACGUGCUGGUUUCAAGGUUUGUUUGAAUUUGUUCGAUUCGACGAAUGAUGCAUUGGUUGAAAUUAUAGCCGAUGCUUUUCCAGUCAAUUCGGCAGCCAAGUUUAAAAAUAGGAUUAUUUUUUCGUGCGAAGGGAUCGAUAAGGUGCAGAGUAUGAUAGUCGAUGGACACUCGAGUAAUGCGGAAAAAUGGGCUCGUUUGUUUCUCGAGUCUGACGCUGAUAGGAGCAUUUUGAGGACGUUAUUGAUCGAUCGUCUGAAAGACGGAAAGCGUGAUGUUCAUACGAAGACGAGGAGAAAGUUUAUGGAGUUCUUAUUGUAAUUAUUUUCAAUUACUGAAAUUUGUUUUUGUUUGGUUGCUAUAAGAUUAAGUUUGCGUUAUUCCGGUUCAAUUUUUCGAAGUGUUUGCUUUGACUUUUCUGUUUCGUUUGGUUUUUUAUGUUUCUUUUUUUUCUCAACUAUUGCCUAAUCCUCGACAUUUUCAAUUAAAAAAAAGUGAAAAAUUUUGUGAAUAGUUAUGAUUAUGUUUUGUAGCCUAGCCGAAAUGUUUCUUAGUUUGAUUUUUUUCCCAGAAUGUUCCAUAUUCAAUAAUUAAGUUGGAAAAUUUUUUAAAUUAUUAUAUUUUGAAUUUCAGUUGAAGUAACGUAAAUCUUAAGCAAUUUUUUCUGUGUAAUAUUCGAUGACUAAUCCUAACUAGAGAAAAUCUAUCGAUAGGCGACACCUAAUUUCUCUUUCGUAAUAAAAUUUAAAAAAUUACCGUGAGCCGAAAUUGAAUUGUUGAUUGUUAUGAAUUGUUAUGAAUUUUAUAUGCGAUAGUCUGAUUUGAAUUUUAAACAUCAGACGUCGAUAGAAUAAGUGGUUCUGUUUCUCUAAUGUAAGGUUACAUAGUAUUAAAAUUUGAGUUGAUAACAAAAAAAAGAUAUGAACUGUUUAUAUUCUAUUGUAAGUACGAGUAUUUUAUGUUGUUAAAUUUCUUAUAAGUAGUUUUGAGAAUGAAAUUACAGUAAG